AAGCACCUUGACAACUGAUGAGUUGAGGGACGUUAGCGUUAAUCGCGUCAGCGAAUCUUUCUCCUCUCCUUAUGCGCACGGAAUCAACGGCUGUAAGUUAUCAUUGUUUUAUUGGAUAACUUUAUUAUUGUUUAUAAGAUAAGAAGAAUACUAACAGAAGAAACUAAGUGUGUUUGUUGUUUCACUUGCAGUUUCACUCGUUGUGUUUAACACUGAAUAGAAAUAAAGGGAGCAAGACGCUUUGAAUCCUGGCUCAAGUGUUCUAUACAUGAGUUUGGCUGGCUGAUGAACUGUUGACAACGUACACGAAGUACAUAACGCACAGGGAGAUCAGUAUAACUUUUGUUGUGUGACAAUGUCCUUUGUGCUCCCUGUCCAAUCUUCCCUUGCCUCCUUCUUCCUAUGUCUGUUUCUGCCGUGUCGGUCCGUUUGUCCUCUCGCGAUUUUGUCAUUCACAACAUUGCCUGUCGGUGGCAGCAGGCAGGCCCGAGUCGUCGCCUUUCGCAACCGUUGCGAUGCCGCCGCCGAGCUAGCGUGAGUCCACGGAGUAUCGACGCGACCCAUACCGGCUGCCCGACAGACAGCACCCGGCACCACCACCAAAAUGCCAGGCCUUUUGCUCCCCAGUCGAGAAGACUUGAUCUGCAGUUGCCCGCAGCCGCGCUAGUUAGCCGUCGGCUAGCGCUCCAAGCUCGGAUUCCCUGGAAGGACGCUGGCUCGUCUCGUUUCAGCUUCUCCGGGCUCUGGCGGCGCCUCCCACUUGUCUUUGCCAAGCUGCGAAGAUUCACCUUCCGCCAGGCGUCCACGGGCGUGUCCACGUGUCUCCUCCGAUGAGCGCGGAGCCGCUCGGGCGUAGCUCAGCAGCCUCAGCGUCCCGCGGGGUCCUUCCGGGAGGCGCCCCACCAGCCCUCUAGCCAUCCGGCCGGCCACUACGCUUGUCAUGCCAUCGUCGGCGCGAGCGGGGAACCUGAAGGACCCCGAUGUGGCUGAGCUCUUCUUCAAGGAAGAUCCGGAGAAACUCUUCUCGGACCUGCGCGAGAUCGGCCAUGGCAGCUUCGGCGCCGUCUACUUUGCGCACGACGUGCGCACCAACGAGGUGGUGGCCAUCAAAAAGAUGUCGUACAGCGGGAAGCAGUCCAACGAGAAGUGGCAGGACAUCAUCAAAGAAGUGAAGUUCCUUCGGAGGAUCCGACACCCCAACAGCAUUGAGUACAAAGGAUGUUACCUGCGCGAGCACAUCGCCUGGCUGGUGAUGGAGUAUUGCCUGGGCUCGGCCUCGGACCUCCUGGAAGUGCACAAGAAGCCUCUGCAGGAAGUGGAGAUUGCUGCCAUUACGCACGGCGCCCUGCAGGGGCUGGCCUACCUGCACUCGCACAACAUGAUCCACAGAGACGUGAAGGCGGGAAACAUCUUGCUGACGGAGCCGGGACAGGUCAAACUGGCUGACUUUGGCUCCGCCUCCAUCGCCUCGCCCGCCAACUCCUUUGUGGGGACGCCCUACUGGAUGGCGCCCGAGGUGAUCCUGGCCAUGGACGAGGGCCAGUACGACGGCAAGGUAGACGUUUGGUCUUUGGGCAUCACCUGCAUUGAACUCGCGGAGAGGAAGCCGCCCUUGUUCAACAUGAACGCAAUGAGUGCCUUGUACCACAUUGCUCAGAAUGAAAGUCCCGUGCUUCAGUCCAGCGAAUGGAGCGAUUACUUCCGCAACUUUGUCGACUCUUGCCUUCAGAAGAUCCCGCAGGACCGACCGCACUCGGACGACAUGCUGGGCCACGCAUUCCUGCAGCGCGAGCGUCCUGACUCGGUCCUGACCGAACUGAUCGUGAGAACCAAGGACGCUGUGCGAGAGCUGGACAACCUGCAGUACCGCAAGAUGAAAAAGAUCCUCCUGCCGGAGGCCCACAACGGACCGGCUCCGGAAGCGCCCGACCCAGACGAGGAGGCAGGCGGUGGGCGGGCUGGCACGGUGAACAGCAUAGGCAGCAAUCAGUCCAUCCCCAGCAUGUCCAUCAGUGCCAGCUCGCAGAGCAGCUCCGUCAACAGCCUCAACGACGGCAGCCGCAGCGAGCUGGACCUUAUGGACGGCGACCGCACAGUCAUGUCCAACAGCUCUGUCAUUCACCUCAAACCCCAGGAAGAGGAAGCUUUCUCUGGGGAUCAGGCAGCAGGCAGUCAACUUUCGGAGCCCCAGGCGGCGGCUGCAGUGGCGAUCGCGGGAGCAGCUCCAAUGGCGGCGCCUCCCAGGAAGCAUCAGCGCAACCGCGAACACUUUGCCACCAUCCGCACCGCCUCCCUGGUGACGCGCGAGAUGCAGGAGCAUGAGCAGGACUCGGAGCUGCGUGAGCAGAUGUCGGGUUAUAAGCGCAUGCGGCGGCAGCACCAGAAGCACCUGAUGGCGCUGGAAAACAAGCUGAAAGGCGAGAUGGACGAGCACAGGCUGCGUCUGGACAAAGAGCUCGAGGGCCAGAGGAGCAACAUUACCCAGGAGAUGGACAAGUUGCUGAAGAAGCACCAUGCCUCCCUCGACAAGGAUCUGAAGACUUUCGCCAACGACGAGAAGAAGUUCCAGCAGCACAUUCAGGUGCAGCAGAAGAAGGAGCUCAGCAGCUUCCUGGAGUCGCAGAAGCGGGAGUACAAACUCCGCAAAGAACAGCUCAAGGAGGAACUGAGCGAGAAUCAGUUGACUCCCAAGAAGGAAAAGCAGGAGUGGUUGACCAAGCAGAAAGAGAAUAUCCAGCAUUUCCAGGCUGAGGAGGAAGCCAACCUGCUGAGGAGGCAGAGACAGUACAUGGAGCUGGAAUGCCGCCGCUUCAAGCGCAGAAUCCUCAUCGCCCGGCACAACGUAGAGCAGGACCUUGCAAGAGAGGAACUGAACAAGCGUCAGACACAAAAGGACCUGGAGCACGCCAUGCUCCUGCGGCAUCACGAGUCCAUGCAGGAGCUGGAGUUUCGGCACUUGGCCACCAUCCAAAAGGCUCGCGCCGAGCUCAUCCGCACGCAGCACCAGACGGAGCUCACCAACCAGCUGGAGUACAACAAGAGGAGGGAACGAGAGCUCCGUCGCAAGCACUUUAUGGAAGUCCGGCAGCAGCCCAAGAGCCUCAAGUCUAAGGAGCUCCAAAUCAAGAAGCAAUUCCAGGAGACUUGCAAGACUCAAACCCGUCAGUACAAAGCUCUGCGCAACCAUCUUCUGGAGAGCACGCCCAAGUGUGAGCACAAGGCGGUCCUAAAGAGGCUGAAGGAGGAGCAGACCCGCAAGUUAGCCAUCCUGGCCGAGCAGUACGACCACUCCAUCAACGACAUGCUUUCCACGCAGGCUCUGCGUCUGGACGAGGCUCAGGAGGGCGAGUGUCAGGUUCUGCGCAUGCAGCUGCAACAGGAACUGGAACUGCUCAAUGCUUACCAGAGCAAAAUCAAAAUGCAGACGGAUGCUCAGCACGACAAAGAGAGACGAGACCUGGAGCAGAGAGUCAGCCUCAGGAGGGCACUCCUGGAGCAGAAGAUUGAGGAGGAGAUGCUGUCUCUUCAGAACGAGCGUUUGGAGCGCAUCCGUUCUCUCCUGGAGCGUCAGGCCCGGGAGAUUGAAGCCUUUGACUCUGAAUCCAUGAGGCUGGGCUUCAGCAACAUGGUCCUUGCCAACGUGGCCUCAGACUCGCAGGACGGCUGGAGAGGUGGCGCCGGUGCUCCGGGGGGCGGCCACUGGCCUGCCGGAGGAAGUAGCGGAGGGGGCAGCAGCAGCCACCACCCGCAGUGCAGCUCCCAACAGCCCUGGGGCCAGCCCUCCAUGGCCGGGGCACCGCCCCCCUGGAGCCUCCAUCACCCGCCGGGCGGAGGCCAGAGGGCAAGUGGAGGCGUGGGGGCCGGGGGGGUGAGGAACAGCCCCCAGGCCCUGAGGAGGACAUCGUCAGGGGGCAGGAGCGAACAGAGCAUGAGCAGAAGCGCUAGCAUCGCCUCCAACGCCUCGCACCUCUCCUAUACCUAACGCGCCCGCAUGCACCAUGAUGACAUCAAGGUCAACAUAGCGUUCCCAGGAAAUUGAGGAAACACAAAAGCUGCAUCGCUACCCAGCAUGGCCAAAGCUCCUUCCAGUUAGCAUCACACUAACUGAGGCCAAGAAAGCUAAUAGUGCUAUGGCAGCCUCUUGCCUCUGCAUUGUGUUUGUGGCAAAAGUUUGAAAUCCUAGCUGUUUUUCAAAACCCGCGACUUCUCUUUUGAAUCCUUAAGAUGCAGGUCAGACUUUAGCCCUAUGCGUGUGUCAUGUCUGCCAUUUUAGCACCAUGCUAAAGCUAUGUUAGUGCCAUGAUUGCCAUGUUGAUGCUGCUGUCUUACUAGUGUUCUCUGAUCUGUCAGGUAUGUACGUCAAGGCGGCGUCACCACCACGGUAGAAUCUCCCUGGCAUCCGUCGCGUCCUCGUUGCCAUUUCAGUGACACACCACUUUCACGUUAACCUCCUUCUGGCGUCACGCUAGUUUCUUUUCGGCGUCAUAUUCUUCUCAGCGUCAUACUAGCGUCAUAGUAGCGUCCUGUCUGAUUAGUGAUAUGUAGCGCCAUGCUACACAUAUACUUUAUCAGUGUGGUGCCAAGGUCGUGUCUGUGGUGUGCUAAUCUCAUGUUGCCAGCACAGUCGUGUCGAGUCUACCAUGUGAGUGUCAGGCUAGUGUCAUGUUAGCGUCAUACUAGUUCCCAGUAGUGUCAUAGUGGUCCAGUCUCCCAUCUUGGCAUCAUAUGGUCGGUCUCCUGCUCGGGUCAUAUUAGUGGCAAAAAAUCCAUCUCGAUUGUAGAAGUGAGACUUGCCAAGCUAAUGGCUUAAAGUGGUGGUGUUCUGAUGGCAGCUGUUGACUUUCUACUCAAUCCUGCGCCUGCCUCGUUGAGCGCAACAUGCAAAGAACAUGUUGGAAGUACAUGUUUAAAGGAGACCUCCUGAAUUUUUGUCUGUGUGCAAAAGAGCUCCCAAGUGUCUCCACAACAAAUCCAUCACAUAGUUUGUGCACUUCGGCCGCAGAAAUGCUCACUAUUAUGGCUCAGCAUCGUCAGCAUAUGUUGCAACAGAUAUAUUCCUUUCUGUUGCGUAUUGUCACAGAAAAGCUUCAAAACUACAUUUCACUUAAAAAAUGCUUGUCUUUGCAAUGAAGGUGUCUAUCAUGAAGCAGUAAUUUUACCACAAAAUUGCCUCUCCCGGCUCAUGUCUCAGAAACUCCAUGCUGAAAACACAUUGCCACAGAAUAGCUAUGAUUUUUGCUACAAAAAAAGGCUGACAAAAUAGUGCUAACUUUUUCACCAGGCAGGAUGCUGGGUGUUUGGCUGCUAUGCUUCUGAUACUUUCCUAGCUGUCUACCUCCUUAUCUUCCUAGUUUCCUUUCCUACUUACUUGCGAUCCUCACUCCCUGGCUUCCUACCUUCCAAGUUUGGUUCCCUUCUACCAUCUUGGUAAGCCUCCUUCUUACCAGCCUAUCUUCUGACUUCCCUACCAUCCUAACCUCCUACCUUUGUUGCAUUUGACAUUACCUAGAUUCCUAUCUUCUUCCCUUCCCAUCCUCUGACCCUGCUAGCAUCCCUCCGAGCUUCCCUCGAAUAGUGUCCGGCCGGCUCUGCGUCACUGUCCUCUCCCACCCCACCCAACAACAAAUACAAGACAAAACCCAUCUGCUGCUUCCGCCUGUCAAUCAAAGUGUAAAUAUGUACAUGAAGAGUAUUGUAGAGUGGCAAGGUCCCAUCGUACGCUGUAUGAGAGCGUAUGGUCAAACGUGUUCAUAUUGUCAGUGGUGUCAAAAGUUUCAUGGGAAAUUUAACGUCCCCGCUGUGGGCAAUCGGAGCUUCUGCUGUGGCCACGGCCCCGGUGGUGGGCGGAGUCAAGCCCGUACAGUCUGUCAGUAUUAUUUGCUGUCGGUGGAAACUAAAAAUAAGGAGAGAGACGUUAUUGCUCGCGGCGGACAUGUGAAAACAAAAUAAAUUUUAUGAGUUGCUUUCUUUUUGUUGAACGGGGGCUACUGGAGAAAGAUUAACAUGUAAUAAAGUAAUCUUUUUA